AUUGCUUAUAAAGAAAAAAAAAACACUAAAAAAUAAGUCAUUAAUUAAAAUAACUUUCCCAUUUGCAGCAUCAAUCUAUAUAUAAAAAUGUUAAUCAACAUUAUGAAAAUAAUUAGUCUAAAUCUGAAUUCCAUUUCCUAUAUAUAUACCUACAAUGCAAUAUUUACAUAAGGUUUCCUUAGACACGUUUACGCCAUAUAUAUAAUAUUUCCAUAAAUUCAUACAUCUAUCACUAUCUUAUAUCCUUCAUUCAUUCAUAUUUCUUGCUUAUAAUUUUCAUUUUCUAAGGAAUUUCUUAAAGCAAUGGGUACCGAACAACCAAAUGGAGAUUAUCUAUUCUUGAAUUCACAUGAAGCAAGUGUUGUUGAUUUAGUGAGUCUUUUGUUUUCAUCAAAUUUAUCAAAUAGAAAAUUCAUUGAUUGUCCACAAGGACUUGAAGCAAGAUUAUUUAGACAAAGAUGGCUUCUAUUUACUUCUGUUGUUGCACAAAAGAUUCUUGUUGCUAUAGAUCCUUUUUUGAAAAUGUUAGGAGACAUGUUGGAGUUGUUGCUCAAUAGUUUAUCAAGUAAUGGAGGAUUUGUUAGGCUCUUCUUCAACUUUCUUAAAGGAAAAAUGAUAACACCGGAAAGAUCAUCGGCGGAGUUCUUAUCGGUGAUUGGCCAUCUUGACACAAGAGUUGAUUUAGACAAAACUAUUCAUCAUAAGGAUGCUAAGUACAAAGGAUUACUAUCUAUCAUGGCUUCUAAGUUUUCCUAUGAGAAUGAACAAUUCAUUAGCAAUGCAGUUACAAAUCAUUGGGGUAUGAAAUUUUUGGGGCUAUACAGCUUUUGGAACGAUUACCAGAAGCAUGAGUCCACAAAAGCCAUGAUAGUGCAAGAUACAAAAUCUGAACCUAAUUUGAUUGUGGUUGCAUUUAGAGGCACAACUCCAUUUGAUGCUGAGCAGUGGAAAACAGACGUGGAUAUCUCAUGGUAUGACCUACCAAACGUGGGUAAGAUACAUGGUGGGUUCAUGAAAGCAUUGGGCCUUCUUGAGAACAGUGGAUGGCCCAAAGAAAUGGAUGAAAAAGGCCCACAUCGUUAUGCUUACUACACAAUUAGAGAAGAGCUGAGAGCAAUGUUGAGGGAAAAUGAGGAUGCAAAAUUCAUUUUGACAGGGCACAGUUUGGGAGGAGCAUUGGCUAUUCUGUUUGUAUCAAUGCUCAUAUUCCAUGAGGAAGAAGUGUUGUUGGAUAAGUUAGAAGGUGUUUAUACAUUUGGGCAACCAAGAGUAGGAGAUGAAAUGUUUGGGGAGUUCAUGAAAAGUAAGUUGAAAAAGUAUGAUGUGAGGUAUAUGAGAUAUGUUUACAGUAAUGAUAUGGUUCCUAGGAUCCCUUAUGAUGAUAAAUCCCUCUUCUUUAAGCACUUCAGUCCUUGCCUCUAUUUCAACAGCCUUUACCAAGGGCAGAUUCUAGAGGAGGAGCCAAACAAGAAUUAUUUUUCUGUGUUCUGGGUGAUACCCAAGAUCUUAAAUGCAUUUUGGGAGGUGAUUAGAGGCUUCCUUCUACCUUUAGUUGUAGGUAGAGAGUAUAAACAGAAUUUGUUCAUGGUGGUGUUCAGGCUAGUUGGAUUGGUAAUUCCAGGACUACCAGCUCAUUGCCCUGAAAAUUACGUCAAUGCUGCCCGAUUGGGAUCGUUAAAUGAAAAUCUGGAGCUUCCAAAUUCUAAAUAUGACUAAUGCCAAUGCACCAGCAACUAAAUCUACACAUUUCUGUUGUAUUUUUUUUCCAUUCUGACAUUAAAAUGUUCAUUGAUUGAUUACUUCUAAAGAUAUGAUUGAUAUAAACAGAACACAUUAUAUCAUGUACAUGUGAUUGAUGUAAACAGAACACAAACUAAGAACAAAUUGAAGCA